AUGCAACAGGACAACGAUCUGAAGCACAUCAGUAAAUGUACAUCAGAAUGGAACAACAACCACAACAAGCCCUACAACCACAACAAGCCCUACAACAACAACCACAACAAGCCCUUCAACCACAACAACAAGCCCUUCAACCACAACAACAAGCCCUACAACCACAACCACAACAAGCCCUACAACCACAACCACAACAAGCCCUACAACAACAACAACAAGCCCUUCAACCACAACCACAACAAGCCCUACAACAACAACAACAACCCCUUCAACCACAACAACAAGCCCUUCAACCACAACAACAAGCCCUUCAACCACAACCACAACAAGCCCUACAACCACAACAACAAGCCCUUCAACCACAACAACAAGCCCUUCAACCACAACCACAACAAGCCCUACAACCACAACAACAAGCCCUACAACCACAACAACAAGCCCUACAACCACAACAACAAGCCCUACAACCACAACAACAAGCCCUACAACCACAACAACAAGCCCUACAACCACAACAACAAGCCCUUCAACCACAACAACAAGCCCUUCAACCACAACAACAAGCCCUACAACCACAACAACAAGCCCUUCAACCACAACAACAAGCCCUUCAACCACAACAACAAGCCCUACAACCAGAACAACAAGCCCUACAACCACAACAACAAGCCCUUCAACCACAACAACAAGCCCUUCAACCACAACAACAAGCCCUACAACCACAACAACAAGCCCUACAACCACAACAACAAGCCAUACAACCACAACAACAAGUCAUACAACCACAACAAGGCCUACAACCACAACAAGCCCAACAACAACAACGACAAGCCCUACAAGCAUGACCACACCUACACGCACAACUCCUACAACCACAACACCUACAACCAUGGCAUCACCUACAACCACAACAAACACAACAUCUACAAAGUCCCCGAUAGUCAUCGGGCUGCGAGCUAGGGUUGUCACUACAGUGGAGCUGAAUAUGAAUCUAGCCAACAGCAUUUUACAGCAGUAUGUCUCAUACCUCCAACAAUACAACGUAACGGCAAGAGUCACGAGCAUUAGGAAGUUAUGAAGAGCUGAUUCAGAAGAAUGUUCAGGAUCUUCUCAAGGCCUAAUCCACUUUUUAAUU